AUGUCCGCAGAGCACCCCGCCAAAAAGGUCAACAUGUCCACCAUUAAGAUCGCAACGCACAAUGGUCACUUCCACGCCGACGAGUCGCUGGCUGUCGCCAUGCUGAAGAACCUUCCCACCUACGUCGACGCUGAGCUCGUCCGUACCCGCGACCCAGCCAAGCUGGCCGAAUGCCACACUGUUGUCGAUGUAGGCGGCGAGUACGAUGACAACGCGAAGCGCUACGACCACCACCAGCGCGGCUUCGACACCGUCUUCCCGGGCCACAACACCAAGCUUUCGUCGGCCGGUCUUGUGUACCUCCACUUCGGCAAAGACAUCAUCUCAGCCAUUACUGGACUGCCAGAGGGCGCCGACCGCGAUCUCCUCUUCGAGAAGAUCUACACCGACUUCAUUGAGGCAUUCGACGCCAACGACAACGGCGUGAACGUCUUUUCGCCAAAGGACGUUGAGAAGGCAGGAAUCCAGAAGCAGUUCGAGGACCGCGGUUUCAGCAUCGCCAGCGUUGUCAACCGCUACAACUACGGGCCCUCCACCGGAGACGCUAGCACAGAGGAGGAGAAGCAGGCACGAGAGGACCAGCGCUUCCUCAAAGCGUCGCAGUUCGUUGGCGAGCAAUUCACCAUCGAGGUCACCGACCGCGCUCAGUCAUGGCUCCCAGCCCGUCACAACGUCAAGGCAGCCUACGAUAACCGUCUGCAGUACGACCCUCAGGGACGCAUCUUGGUCCUGCCUGAGGGCAUGCCGUGGGCUGACCACCUUUACACACUCGAGAAGGAGUCACAGAUCCCCCAGGGCGUCGCACCGCAGGUCCUGUACGUUCUCUUCCCUGAGGACAAGCCACAGGGCAAGUGGCGCAUCCGCGCUGUCAGCAAGGAGAACGGCGGUUUCCAAAACCGCAAGGACCUCCCUGAUGCGUGGAAGGGUGUCCGUGAUGCUGAGCUCGACAAGGUCUCUGGUAUCGAGGGCUGUGUCUUUGUACACGCUGCUGGAUUCAUUGGUGGCAACAAGACCUUCGAUGGCACCCUGGCCAUGGCCAAGAAGGCGCUGGAGCUGUAG